AUGGUUACCGGCAGCCAUAUCCCUUUCGACCGUAACGGGCACAAACUCAACACCUCCACAGGCGAGCUGUUGAAGAAGGACGAGCGAUUGAUUAAUGCUAAUGUUGAUCGCGUACGUGAGAGGCUCCUGAACGAGCUCUAUGCCGAAUCCCCGUUUGAUGACAGAGGCAAUCUACGCAAUGCAAAGUCCGAUCUUCCGCCCGUCCUAGGCGAGGGUCAGGGCGCCUACAUCAGGCGCUACCUGGAUUUCUUUGAAAGCGAGGUCCUUCAAGGCAUGAGGCUCCUCGUUGCCCCAGAAGGUGGCAAGCUUCGGUUCUUCGGGGGUGACCUCCUGGGCAUGAUAGUCGCAGAAUUCCUGGGGGCCGACGCCGUAGUAGUACCUAUCAGCACCAAUGACGCGAUCGACCGCGGGCCUCUCGCCCCUGCCCCCCAACCUAAAACAAAAAUCGGGAGUCCAUACGUUAUUGCUGGUAUGCAAGCCGCAGUUGCCAAAGGCCAUCGACGUGUCUGUGGAUGGGAAGCCAACGGCGGGUUCCUCACCGGCUCCGACAUCAACCGUAAUGAUAGAAUACUGACCGCGCUUGAGUAUCCUAACUCAGUGAUCGACAUAGCCAUCCUACCUUACACGUUGAAAGAGAGAAAAAAUCGGAACAGCAAAGAUAGAGUACAUGGCUUUCUGCCUGAAAUUUGA